GGAAGCGACUGCUACAGAGCGCGCGCGGGAGGGGGGACCUGCAAUCAACGACGACAUCAACAGCACUGCGGCUCGGGAAAGCUUCACCAUCAUGCAGCUUCGAGACAGAACGAUUGCAGAUAUACACUUCUAUAAUAGCUGGAUAUAAUCGUGUGGCUGUGCAUUGUGCAACAUUUUUAAAUCAAAUAAAAAUCCAAAUUGGAUGAGGAAUCGCAAACUGGCUAGUCUAACUGCUCCAGGAAAAAUGAAGGAAGUGAAGGGUUGCGGUAUGCGAUCCUCCGUGGGCUUUCUGUCCCAGAGAAGGCUCUUCGGUAACCCGCUGAUGAAGGAAGAAUUUCAGAGACUCCGGUUGGCAGGAUGCACGAGCCUUUACAAGAAAGACAUGCUGGGACACUUCGGGUGUGUAAACGCCAUAGAGUUUUCCAACAAUGGAGGAGAAUACCUUGUGUCCGGAGGGGAUGACCGCAGGGUGUUACUAUGGAACAUGGAGAGAGCACUUCCCAUCUCCCUCCUCCCCAAGCCUCUCCCUCUGAAGGGAGAACACCUCUCCAACAUCUUCUGUCUGGCAUUUGACAGCACCAACAAAAGGGUGUUUUCUGGGGGCAACGAUGAACAAGUCAUCCUUCACGAUGUAGAACGAGGCGAGACUCUGAACGUGUUCCUUCACGACGAUGCAGUGUACGGCCUGUCGGUCAGCCCCGUUAACGACAACGUGUUCGCCAGCUCCUCUGACGACGGACGGGUCCUCAUCUGGGACACACGGGAGCGGCCACACGGAGAGCCCUUCUGUCUGGCCAACUACCCGUCAGCCUUCCACAGUGUGAUGUUCAACCCGGCAGAGCCCCGACUGCUGGCUACAGCCAACUCCAAGGAGGGGGUGGGGCUGUGGGACAUCCGCAAACCUCGCACUUCUCUGCUGCGGUACGGUGGUAGCAUGUCCCUGCAGAGUGCCAUGUCGGUGCGUUUUAACAGCGCAGGGACCCAGCUCCUGGCCCUGCGUCGCAGGCUACCCCCGGUCCUCUACGAGCUACACUCUCGCCUACCCAGCUUCCAGUUCGACAACCAGGGCUACUUCAACUCCUGUACCAUGAAGAGCUGCUGCUUCGCUGGAGACAAGGAUCAGGUGAGGUAAACCCUGUCGUUCGGGUAAGAAGGUGUCUGAGGUACUGGAUCGGGCCUGGCGCCGACGGUCAAAGCCGCACAAAGUUGCUUAGGUCACUCGUUUUGCCCAUUCUAAUAUUUUCUAUAGCAAGCCACACUCUUUAGGAAGGGGAUGGUGUACCUAAUAUUUAGACCGGUGAGCUGUGUGUGUGUAUACACUACUUGACCAAAAGUAUGUGGACAGCCGCUUGUAGAACAUCUCAGUCCAAAAUCAUGGGCAUUAAUAUGGAGUUGGUCCCCCCUUUGCUGCUAUAACAGCCUCCACUCUUCUGGGAAGGCUUU